AUGUCGCCCCGGUCAUCUGCCAGUGUAUCUCCAAGACGGAGACCGCUCCAUGAGCGCACCCCGUCACACACAAACGAGAGCUCACCUGCCCGGGUGGGAAAGAGAAGAGAAGAGAUUGACUUCUACUCGACCACGCCGUAUCCAACUAAACCCGCACAAGUCUUUCUGCCGCAUCCGGGUAUUGGUCAAGAGUAUGCGCUUCACGGCGCUUACGGGAUUUCAAAUGUGUCUCUAGUGUCGACUGAAACAGAUCACACUGCAACGGGGCCAAUCGGCGAGCGCAGAGAAGCAGAUGCUAGUAUGGGCAGCCCUAAUUGGGAAUUUUCAUCAUCAGUCGAUCUUGGCCAUUCGUCUCAAGUUUGGGAUAACGACCCUCAGUCUAGCCAGUCAUCGUUUCCUACACCAUUACUGCCUUCAGACGAUACUAACAGCGAUUAUGAUGAUGCUCAUACUGCCAAGCUUGGAGUCCACGAACCGACUGAUAUGCAAGGGGACCAUGGAAUUCUCCCAAAUACAAUUGCCGACGAAGUUAGUUCACUGGGCGUAGAMGAAGAAGAGGUUGACGAUCUGAAUAGUGACGAGGACGAUGUUAUCGUGUUACCUCCACCCCCUAGAGCUUCAAUAAUACCUGUGCUACCCGGAAGCUCAUCCCCAAGGAACGAGCCAAUUGAAGACUUUCUCUCCUCGGAAUCAGACAAUUUUGUCACGUACGACCACACAUCAAGUCCUAAUCUGGUGCCAAUUGGUGCACCCUCAAGUCCGAACUUCGUUUCUCUAGGAAGUUCUAGUCCAAAUGUGGUUGCAUUUGGAAGCUCGUCACCGGCUACACUCGGGCUCAAUAGUCGCUCGGACUCUACUGCGUCUUCUUCCAAUUCUUUAGGCACAGUGAUUCAUAAUACACACAAUGCAACGGGCUGGCCAGGUCCUUUAUCAGAUGGCGUCACUUCGCAACCGGCAUCGUUCACUUCUAGCCCCCCAGAGCAGCUUCUUCGGGGAUAUCAGUCGGCUUCGUCUUUGGCGCUUUCCGGCGGAGAAACCAACUUGUCGCGAUCACGUACCACGUCUACUGGAAGUGGCCGGUCAGAAAUCGAAAUUAUGAUUGACACAGCGCCAGCAUCGGUUCAGUAUGCCCAGAUCCGCGCGCCUUCAUAUGCAAGCUCAUACGCAGAAUCCUCCAACCAAGCAGCGCAAGUAAGACGGCCAGCGCGAACUAUGUCGGACAGAUCAGCUGCACGGUGGAACCCAACUCUUUCGACAGUUCCCGCGCAAUCAGUUGUAAACACUGUUAGCAACCUGAGUGACAACAGUGUGGAACUCAAACAGGGCCUAGGUUUGAUUACUACCAGCAAAUCUUCAUCCACGAUUUGGCCUGUCGAGGAGAAUGACGAACGCCUUGACAGUCUGUCGAACCUACCGCGGUCAACUCUUCGACACAUUCCCUCGUCUUUAAUCGGCAGCACAGAGUCUCGACCCGGGUCCAGUUCCAGUACCAACGGCUUCCUGAAUAUGCUCCCCAACUGGGUGCGGCUAUACUAUCACAGCAAUGGGCAAUUAGUGCAGAGUGCCGCUCUGUCUAUUUUCGAAACUAGUCGGCCUUCAACUGCAGCCUCUCGACCGGCCUCCCCUCAUCGCUAUGCCAGCCAGAAUCCCAUCAACUUGUCUCGCCCAUGGACUCGCGCUCAUGACGAGAAACAGGCUCCUCGACUCAUUGCAGACCACCCAGCUGAUCCUCGAAGCCACUGGAAGCCUACAGAUCAAGACCAGCAGCAGCAGCAGCAAAAAGAAGAAGACGAGCCAUCCGUUGCCGAAACCCCUGUCUAUCGACCCGUCGCAAAGGCAUCAUCACCGCACCUCCAUCGAGACAAAGCUCACCCGAAUCCUCGAUACACAUGGACAGCGCCAUCAUUAGACUCCAGACUCGAGCCUGUCCUGGGCCGACGCAAUGUUCAGAAAUACGCAUUCUGUCUUGGAUUCGUGUUUCCAUUUGCUUGGUUUAUCGCUGCCUUUCUCCCUCUUCCGCCUCAGCCUACUCCUCUAGAUGACGAGCAGAUGGUAGCUCAACCCGGGGCCGAAUAUCGUAUAGAAGAGUACGAAAAGAAGCGGUACGAGAAUGCUCGUUGGUGGAGGAAUGUGAAUCGCGUCAUGAUUCCAGUUGGCGCUGUAAUCCUGGCAAUUAUUAUUACCCUAGCUGUCAUCGGCACAACCGUGGGCUUUUAA